UGCCGCUCUCCUUGGUGCUGAAGGUUCUUUCAGUUUCACCGGAGAUCCACACCUUAGAUAAGAGGGCUGCUCUAUUUUAGUGUUAUCAUUUUUCGACUUCACAGCACAAUAAUCUACCAUUUAUUUCUGAAUAUUAUGUUAUCUUGAUGGAUUAUUGGGUGGAUCAUUUCUUUCUUAUCAUUGACAGGAUAUCUAAAGGAUGGCACUGAGUGGAUUUUAUUUGUGCAAACCGAAAGGGGAUUUAUCACAAUUUUGGAUUUGAAAGAACAUCCUGGUGUACAAUCCUUUUCCAUCUCUUUCCGUAUCUCAGGCACUGGAUGUGAAAUUCCUAUUCUUGUUAGAGGUGCAAAUAAUUUGGAAGAAAACAUGGCAAUAUGUUUAUUAACAUUGUUCGUAUAAAUUCGUUAUAGUAAUAUCAUAUAGGCUAAUAAGGAAUUUGAAUAUGGAACCAGAACAGGAACGGGUUUUCCCCCCCACUAAACAGGGUCUGAAGAAUUUAGCAGGAAAGGCCCUUGGGAAUCUGCACAGAGUACUGGAAAAACGCCAGAAUACAGGUGAAGUGAUUGAACUGACCGAGGAUGGACGGCCUUCUGCGACCCAGCAUAAGAAGGCCCCUUUAUGUGACUGCACGUGCUUCGGGCUUCCACGACGCUAUAUCAUCGCUAUCAUGAGCGGUCUCGGUUUUUGCAUCUCCUUUGGCAUCCGAUGUAACUUGGGCGUGGCAAUCGUGAGCAUGGUCAAUAACCACACCGUCCAUGAAAAUGGCAAGAUCGUCAUCAAAGAGAAAGCGCAAUUCAACUGGGAUCCAGAGACAGUUGGGAUGAUACACGGGUCUUUCUUCUGGGGUUACAUCGUGACUCAAAUUCCUGGAGGGUAUAUUUCAGCAAGACUAGCAGCAAACAGGGUGUUCGGAGCUGCCAUUCUCCUCACCUCUAUACUCAAUAUGUUCAUACCCACUGCUGCUCGAUCGCACUAUGGCUGUGUCAUCUUUGUGAGGAUAUUGCAAGGCCUUGUUGAGGGAGUAACCUACCCAGCCUGCCAUGGGAUCUGGAGUAAAUGGGCUCCACCCCUCGAGAGGAGUCGUCUUGCCACCACAUCUUUCUGUGGAUCGUAUGCUGGCGCAGUGAUAGCCAUGCCUCUUGCCGGAAUCUUGGUUCAGUACUCUGGCUGGUCAUGUGUGUUUUAUUUGUAUGGAACCUUCGGAAUCAUCUGGUACAUGUUCUGGAUCUUGGUGUCUUAUGAAAGUCCAGCGGAGCAUCCUACCAUCACCCAGGAGGAGAGGCGUUACAUAGAGGAGAGCAUCGGAGAAAGUGCCAACCUGAUGGGACCAAGCGAUAAAUACAAGACUCCUUGGAGGAAGUUCUUCACCUCCAUGCCGGUCUAUGCAAUCAUUGUGGCAAACUUCUGCAGGAGCUGGACCUUCUACCUGCUGCUCAUCAGUCAGCCGGCAUAUUUUGAGGAAGUGUUUGGCUUUGAAAUCAGUAAGGUUGGGAUGCUCUCAGCCCUUCCUCACCUGGUCAUGACUAUCAUAGUGCCCAUAGGAGGCCAGCUGGCUGAUUACCUUCGCACCAGGAACAUUCUCUCCACAACCACAGUCAGGAAAAUCAUGAAUUGUGGAGGGUUUGGGAUGGAAGCCACAUUGCUGUUGGUGGUUGGUUUCUCUCACACGAGGGGCGUGGCAAUCUCUUUCCUUGUUCUUGCAGUGGGUUUCAGUGGGUUUGCUAUAUCAGGUUUCAAUGUCAAUCACCUAGACAUCGCCCCUCGCUAUGCCAGCAUCCUUAUGGGGAUUUCCAACGGUGUGGGAACGUUGUCAGGAAUGGUGUGUCCUCUCAUCGUGGGAACCAUGACCAAAAACAAGACUCGUGAAGAGUGGCAAAACGUGUUCCUCAUCGCUGCCUUGGUGCACUACGGGGGCGUGAUCUUCUAUGGGAUAUUUGCUUCCGGGGAGCAGCAGCCAUGGGCGGACCCUGAGAACACCAGCGAGGAGAAGUGCGGCUUCAUCGAUGAAGACGAACUGGCCGAGGAGACGGGAGAUAUCACUCAGGGAUACGGUGCCACGGCAGCCCCAGUCAAGAGCUAUGGAGCGACCACACAGGUGAACGGAGGUUGGGCAGCGAGUUGGGAGAACACAGAGGAAGCCAUUCCAAAGCCGGUGAGCCACACCCGCACCGAGGGAGAGUUUUCAUAGAGCACACAUGCACUUGUUAGCAAUUAUUAGGAGUCAACCGACUGGGAGAGAACACACAUUGCCAUUUGCACAAAUUAGCAUAAAAUGUAGAUUAAAAAAAAUAGCAGUGCUAGUGUUACAACAAAAAACAGAUACUUUUUCAGUGUAACUGAUUGUUAGUGUUAAAAGUAGUUUGGAUUCACAUAGAUUGGUAGACAUUUGUCAUCAACGCCCAUCUAGAUUAUCAAGUGUCAGCAAUCAUACAAUAUAAAAACGCAGGCCUAAGUUCUAUGUGUUAGGCUUACUAACCUCUUGAAACUACUUGAAAAACACGAGCCAGAUAUAUUGCAGCUGACAAGUAUAUACAGUAGGUGUAUACUUUGUCUGGAGUACAAGUUGAUUGCACUGAUACUAUAUUCAAAGUAUUCAAAAUCAAAAGCUAUUCUAUUUCUUAUAAAUGUUCUAUGUAAUGUAUAAACUGUUUCUGUGAGACUGCAGUGGAUGUGGGUCAUUGAUUUGUGUGAACAUUACUAUAAAAGGCCAUAUUUUUCAUGGACAGUACCUUUUCAGGGAGAUGUGUGCUUGCCAAAAGGUCUCAUACUCAUGAAGGCCUGUCAUUAAAUGGAAAUAAUAAUAUAUUGUAUGUAAAAAAUAAAUGAGAUCUCCAAAAAUAGAAUUAUUAUGUGGAAUGUUGCAUGAAUCUUCUUAAUUCAGUGUGCAAAAACAGAGUUUUGUUGCCAUGAUAAUCUUCAUUCAGUCACUACAGACACAGAAACAUUAAAUGUGUAUUUCCUGAAGUAAAGUUUCAACUUACAUUUUGGUUUGCAAGGAAACACCUAAUAAUGUACAUUUAAAGGACAAUGUUUUACUCAAAUCUCUGUUAAUUUGAGCAACUGUUUAAUGUUCAUUACAAUCAAUUCUGUAGAGCUGCUUUUCAUCCUGUUUUGUAGAGUAACUUUGGCUUCCAAACUUGUAUGUAUCUGUAACUGUUUUUGGAGUCAUGUGAUGAACAAGAAGUAUACAGGAUAAAACACAGUUUUUGAAAAGACGUUUACUGCUCAUGAUGUCGGUCAUGUUAAAACUAUUUGUCAGACGCAAAUAACUUAUAUGAAAAACUGGAAUUUAUGUUUUAUUGGUGUUUUCUGUUGAUGGUUGUCGUUACCUGUGAUUCAGGGCAUUACUGCCUCUCCUAGUACCCCAGCCUACCCCUUACCCUCUGUGUUGGCUUUGUGUCAUGAGAUUACUCUGCAAGAGUGAAUAUAUAAAAAUAUGAGAAAAAAAAGAAUUUUAAAGAAUGUUCAGGAUGAUCAAAUUAUGCUAUUUUGGCUUUGUGCCAUACAUUUUGUUUAAAUGUGAUUCUACGGCUUUAAAUAUUGUGUUUGAUGGAUAGGUCUUUUGAUGUCAACAAGUGUAAUUCAUAUGCUCACUUCAUUUUAUAAAGAAAUAAUAUCUGAACAAA